GCCCAGACAACUGAGCCACUCUGGUCAGAGCAAGAUUCUAAUUUUUAAAGAAAAUUCAAACCAUGGUAGAAGGAAACUUUCUUUCAUGCUGCACAGGAACCAACCAACACUCUUGCCUGUAGUGAUGUGGCUACAUUACAGAGGAAAAGCCUUCAUUUUGGGGGAUGGAGUUUUUUCAAUAAAUUUUAUUUUAAAAAUCUGAAACUUAUAUGUUGUGGCAAGAAAGUGUAGAUGGAAAAAAUGAGUGAGGGUGUAGAGGGAAAGGGAGCAUGUGCAUGUGUGAGAGGCAAAGACAGAAACAGAGGUAUUGGAAAGAGAAGGUAAGAAUGAGUGAACUGGUUGUUUCUAUUGCUUCUAGUGCCACAGACUAGAAUCAGUGCCACAAACUGCCUCUUGAGGAUAUUUUUAAACUUUAUCUUAACAUUGUAGAGGAGCUCGGUCAGUUAACAUUGCCAGGGAGUACAAUCUCUUGCUCUAACAAAUCAAAAACAAUCUGAUGUUUAAAUUUCUUGAAAGCCAAGAUUUCACUACCAGUUCCUUUGAACUGUGUAGGCUGAUUAAUUGGUCUCUGAAUUCAAGAAAAAUGGAGAGUACCAAAGUCUCUAUAUGCAGUCUAAUUAAAUUCUAAAUUUCCAUUUUCAGAAUUGGAAGUAAGAGCAAGCCUUUCUCCCCUAAAUGAAAGCUGCAACAAAAACUCAUGUAAUAUUAAUAAAUCAGUUGAGUAUUAACAUUACUUCCUGUCUUUCCUGUAGUUAGUGGGGGAAAGGAAGGAGGACCACUAGCUUAAAGAGAUAUAAAGUGUUAUAGAUCCUUACCAUGCCAGACGAUGAUAAUACUAGGAGCUAAAUACUAUUAUUACCCCAAUUUACAGGUUAGGAAAUAGAGGUACAUAACUUGCCCAAGACUGCAGGUAGUAAGUGUUGGACUAGAAUUCUAAUGUAGACAUUUUGGUUUUUAAAUCUAUGAUCCUAAUCAUCAUUCUGUGCUCCCUCCUAGUUCUAAGAUGUUCCUUCUAGGUCUUUCUGUAUUACUCUUCACUUAUGCAUAUGUUGUGACAUAUUUUAAUUGCUUACCACCAAAUUUUAUAGCCUCUGAGCUCCAUAAAGACAAGGAUUAUCCCUAUCUUAUAUGCUAUGUCUUUACAUGUGCAUUUCUAAAAAUAUAUAAGUGAAAAAAUAAUGAUGUUACUAACUAUAAUUGACUGAACUCAAGUGUUUACAAGAGUUGAAGGGAGAACACAUUCGCAGUUAGUUAAGAAAUGGCCUGAAUAAAAUAUCAUUUAUUUAGUUCAAGACAUUUGUAUGGAUUCCCCUUGCGGGCAUUCAAAACAGUGAUAAUUAAAGUCACUAUAGAGACCUUUAUGGAUCCAAAUUCAAACAAAUCAACAACUUAAAAAAACAUUCUUGGAGGAAACUGGGAAAACCAAACACAGCAUGAGUAUAAAUUAUAUCAAGGAAUUAUUGCUAAAUGUGUUGAUUGUGAUGGUAGCAUAGUAAUUAUAUUUCUGAAGUCCUCAUCUACUACAGAUACUUAGUGAAGUGUUUAGAGGUAAAAAGAUGCUGUCUGGGACUUGCUUGAAAAUACUCCAGAUGUAUUCAUGGAUUACUUCUUUAAAGAGAAAAAAAAAUUACUGAAAAAAACUCAUAGAGACACAUGGUGGCGCUGCAGGACAAGACGAAAACAGGACACGCUGUGGGCUCCUUUAUUCCAGAGAACAGAACAUCCAACCCAUUCGAAAGAGAGGUAUUCAGGAGCUUCACUUUCAGAGCUGCUGGGGGGCUAUGCACCUUCCAAGGGUUACCUAUAAAAUAAAUCAGAGCUCUAUCUUACAAAAUUAGGACUAAACUUACAUUUUUCCACAAAAGAGAUUGCUUGAAGGAACCAUGGAGAUCAGAGGAGCGCUCACUCUGCGGAAAAGGCAAGUCCUGAUUUUCUUUGUUUUGCUGGGAUUGUCUGAAACGGGGCCUGAAUCGGUGCGCUAUUCUGUGGCAGAGGAAAAAGAAAUUGGCUCUUUUGUGGCCAAUCUGGCAAGGGAUCUGGGGCUUGGGGUGGGGGAGCUGUCCUCACGGGAGGCCCGGAUAGUUUCUGAUGAUAAUGAGAAGCAUUUGCACCUGAAUUUGCUGACUGGGGAUUUGCUCCUAAAUGAGAGACUGGACCGAGAAGAGCUCUGCGGCUCCACGGAGCCCUGUGUGUUGCAUUUUCAGGUGUUAUUGCAAAACCCUUUAAAGUUUUUUUUGGUUGAGCUGCACAUCAAAGAUAUAAAUGAUCACUCCCCUACAUUCUUGGAUAAGGAAAUACUUUUGAAAAUAUCAGAAAGUACGACUCUCGGAACCAAAUUCCUAAUGGAGAGUGCCCAAGAUUUGGACAUAGGAAGCAACAGUCUCCAAAACUACACAAUCAGCCCCAAUUCUCAUUUCUCUGUUAAAGUUCAAGACAGUGGUGAUGGAGAGAUAUACCCAGAACUGGUCCUGGACAGAAUGUUAGACCAUGAAAAGGAGCCUGAGCUCAGAUUAACACUUGUAGCACUGGAUGGUGGAUCCCCACCCAGGUCUGGGACAACUUCGGUUCUCAUCGAGGUCUUGGACAUCAAUGACAAUGCCCCCAAGUUUCCUCAGAAGCUCUAUGAGGUGCAGGUCCUGGAGGACACAGCCAUUGGCUCCUGGAUAAUCACCACCUUGGCUAAGGAUCUGGAUGCAGGAAACUAUGGGAAGAUAUCUUACAUAUUUUUCCAUGCAUCUGAAGACAUUCGUAAAACAUUUGAAAUCAACUCUACAUCCGGGGAAGUUCAUUUGAGAUCUAGCUUGGAUUUUGAAGCAAUACAGUCCUACACUAUAAAUAUUCAGGCAACAGAUGGUGGGGGUCUUUCAGAAAAAUGUACUCUUCUGAUAAAAGUAUUGGAUGUAAAUGAUAAUGCACCAGAAGUGACCAUGUCAUCAAUUACAAACAGAGUUCCAGAAAAUUCACCACAGACCCUUGUUGCUGUUUUUAGUAUUCGAGACCAAGACUCUGGAGACAAUGGAAGAAUGGUUUGCUCUAUUCAAGACGAUCUCCCAUUUAUUCUGAAACCCACGCUUAAGAAUUUCUUCACUCUGGUUACUGAAAAAGCACUGGACAGAGAGAUGAGAGACAAGUAUAGCAUCACAAUCACUGUCACAGACAUGGGGACUCCCAGACUGAAAACUGAACACAACAUAACCGUGCUGGUCUCCGACGUCAACGACAACGCCCCUGCCUUCACCCAAACCUCCUACACCCUCUUCAUCCCAGAGAACAACAGCCCCGCCCUGCACAUAGGCAGCGUCAGCGCCACAGACAGAGACGCGGGCGCCAACGCCCAGAUCACCUACUCGCUGCUGCAGCCCCAGGACCCCAGCCUGCCCCUGGACUCGCUGGUGUCCAUCAACGCCGACAACGGACACCUCUUCGCCCUGAGGGCGCUGGAUUUCGAGGCCCUGCAGGCAUUUGAGUUCCUGGUGGGCGUCACAGACCACGGGUCCCCAGCCCUGAGCAGCCAGGCGCUGGUGCGCGUGCAGGUGCUGGACGCCAACGACAACGUGCCCUUUGUGCUGUACCCGCUGCAGAACGGCUCUGCGCCCUGCACCGAGCUGGUGCCCAGGGCGGCCGAGCCUGGCUACCUGGUGAGCAAGGUGGUGGCGGUGGACAGCGACUCGGGCCAGAACGCCUGGCUGUCUUACCAGCUGCUCAAGGCCACAGAGCCCGGGCUGUUCAGCGUGUGGGCGCACAAUGGCGAGGUGCGCACUGCGAGGCUGCUGAGCGAGCGCGACGCGGCCAAGCACAGGCUGCUGCUGCUGGUCAGGGACAAUGGCGAGCCUCCGCUGUCUGCCAGUGUCACGCUGCACGUGCUGCUGGUGGACGGCUUCUCGCAGCCCUACCUGCCUCUGCCUGAAGCGGCGGCCGAGGCAGCCCAGACUGACCCGCUCACGGUCUACCUGGUCAUCGCGCUGGCUUCGGUGUCAUCGCUCUUCCUGUUCUCGGUGCUGGCGUUCAUCGCUGUGCGGCUGUGCAGGAGGGGCAGGUCUGGCCUGGUGGGUGGCUGCUCGGUGCCUGAGGGCCACUUUCCGGGCCACCUGGUGGACGUCAGCGGUACUGGGACCCUGUCCCAGAGCUACCAAUAUGAGGUGUGUCUGAUGGGAGGUAUGGGGACAGAUGAAUUUAAAUUUCUGCAGCCGAUUAUUCCCAGUCUUCCAGUCCAUGACACUGGUAGGAACAUAGAGGAAAACGAGAACUUUAGGAACAGCUCUGGAUUCAACGUUCAGUAUAAAGUCUGAACAUUUAAUCUUUCAUUAUUCUUGGCUGACUGGAAACAUUUUGCCAAGUUGUAGUGAAUUUUGGUUGUAUAAUAGUUGCACUCAUUAUUUCUCAUGCUCUUGUACUUGCUUUAAAAAUCAUUUUUAGUGGCUAUGAUGAAAUAGAAACAAUUUGUGUGUUUUCUGGUUUUGUU